UACCUGGUUGAUGGGAGCGGUGUCCUUCACUCCCGCUCUGUUUCUGUUUUGUUUUCUCUAGGUAAAGGCGACUCGUUUGGUGAAAACUUCGCUAUCGAUCCCGACAGGCCUGUAGUCAACUCUAACGCCAGCAUCCGGGCAUUAACGUAUUGUGAGCUGCGCCUUGUAACAAGAGAAGACGUGCUUCACAUCUUAAAACAGUAUCCGCUGUUCAAAGAGAACUUCAUCAAGGAUCUUGAAAUCACCUACAACUUGCGUGGAGAUGAAGCGGAAAAGGACUUCCUCGAUACCAAGAAGGUCAACAACCAUGUCGUUUGUGUUGACUCAGAGAAAGAUAAGUCACCAAUGUCUCCAAGGAACUCAAGUACAAUGUGCAAGCGGCAAGCAGAAUCAAAUCUUAGAAAUUCUUUGAACGGACCGAUGGAAUCGGGCACUAGCGGUAUUCGACCAAGACCGACCAGUUUGGAUCUGCCUUCAAAUCAUAUUCAACGGAAAGAGGGAAGUGCUUCAUCGAAAUCUGGAAAUUCUUCUCUAGAAUCCUUUUUAAUACCUUGCGUGGCCGAACAUGAAAGACAUUCGAAUGAUGGGAGCGAAGUUAGAACUUCCAAAAGUGGAAGAAGUGUAGCGAGGGAGGAAGCUGGUUUGCGUGGCAGUCCCUCUGAAGUAGAAACACAGCUGUGCGACCAGCCUGUAUGCAGGGACUGUUGUAAAUCGCUCAGUACAAUGGAAAAAAGACUGGAGAAAUUAUCCUCCUGUUUAGAAAGACUUGAAAGUAAAUUUUCAACUGAUGUCGAAGCGAUAUUUGAGCUUCUUCGAGCUCACAGUGAAGCCAUAAGAAAUCGAAAGCAGGACUUUCAUACACAGGUGUGAAAAUAGAAAAGAUGGCUGGACCACAAGAAGAUUCUUAUUAUUAUACAUCACUUAAGCGCAAGCGAGCUUGCCACCGGUCUUAGCCUCUUCCUGGCGCUCAGUUAGUUGUGUCACAGCGCGAAGAAAAAAAACGACGGAGCGAAAUAAAAGAGCGAAAAGCGAAUGGCGUUCUCUCGUCUUCCCGCGCCGCGCUUCUCCCCUUUUGUCGUGCUUCGCCCUAAGUAACUGAAUGCCUGGAAGAGGCCAGACGGAUCCUCCGUCCUAUAUUGGUGGCAGUUGUAGUUGAAACUGGCUUACUGGUAUUUGCUUUUUUGACAGCUUUUUGAUAGCUUUUUGUUGGUUUUCCAACCUUUUCGACCAGUCAGUUUAGCUGUCCAAUUGCACGUGCAAUUUAUCUGCGCGUGGGCACGUGAUGGUCUCUCAGACUAACUUGGUUUUUAAUUGGUUAGGCAGUGGGGAAACGAUUAGAGCGGUUGUCAAUUGAGUGUCGUAAAACCAAAACCAAAGUAAUCGCUCUAGUCAAUCACAAAGGCCGUUAACAUUACAGUGAGCCAAUCAAAACUCAAAGUAAUUACAUGUAGCUGACGCAAAGCGCGGGAAAACGUGUGC